GACGAAAGUGGUCGAAUCAUCAUCGAACCACGAUGGUCGAAAUAUAUAAAAACUACAUAUAAAUCUAGUAUAGUCAUCGAGAUGCUUUAAAGUUCUAAUCCUUUAUUAAAAAGCGAAAUGAGAUACCUAGGCUAUACAUGUAGUUUGUUGGACAUUAAUUUUCAACUGCUUUACUAAAAUAUAUCUCGUUUCCUAAUUUAGCUUCGGACAGCUGAUCCGUGUUUACAUUUUUAGUAGAUCUAAAUCUACUACUACUACUACUAGACUAGAUUUAUCUAGACUCUAUAUAGAUCUAUCUAGAUCUACUAGUACUACUACUGAUCUAGUCCAUGUGCCUUAAGAUCUACCAAUCAUCAUGGCUUGCAAGAACUUUUUAAAUUUGCGAGGAAAAUGUGUGAUAAUUACUGGAGCAAGUGCUGGAAUAGGGGAAGCAACCGCAUUAGAAUUUGCUAGACAGAAUUGUAAUUUGAUGCUCUGUGGGCGAGAUAAGAAAAAUUUAGAAAAUGUAUCAGCCAAUUGUUUAAAAGAGGGAGAUAAUAUCACUGUUCAAACAACCAUUGGAGAUAUCACUGAAUCAGCUGUUCAGAAGAAAAUUGUUGAGAAUACUAUUGCAGCAUUUGGUGGCAUUGACAUUUUGGUGAACAAUGCAGGCAUGAACAUAUUGCGUGAUGCCUUCACAGCUAAACCAGAAGACUACCAUCAGAUAAUUUGUACAAAUCUGGAGAGUGUAUUUUUUCUGACUCAGCAAGCUUUGCCACAUUUGAUUAAAUCUAAAGGAACCAUCAUCAAUGUUUCUAGUAUUGCGAGUGAGAGACCAUUCCCUAAAGCAAUAGUAUAUUGUAUGUCCAAGGCUGCUCUUGAUUCUUACACAAAAUCUUUGGCUUUAGAACUUGCUCCAUAUGGUGUUAGGGUGAAUUCUGUCAAUCCAGGUUCUGUAGUUAGUCAACUGUAUAAGAGAGGAAAAGAAGCUUUUUCUGAAGAAAAAUAUUCAGAAUUUAAAAAGUACCAGUCAUCACCAGCAUUACAUCCCUUGGGCCGAAUGGUUUUAGCUUCAGAAGUGGCUGAUGCCAUUGUUUUUUUGGCAUCUGAACGAGCUAGCUUCUUAACAGGCCAGAUGAUCUUUGUUGAUGGAGGCAGACAUGUGGCAUCACCUCAGCCUAAAUUAUAAACUGAUAAUGAUAAUUUAACAAAUUUCUUUAAUCAGUAAUUCCUCAGGUUUAUUUUUGUGCUGGCAGUACUUGUAAAAGUUAUUUACUAUUAUCAAAAUAACAACUGAUUAUCAUAUGUGAGACACUUAGUAUUAGUAGUUUGAGAUGCACCAUUAUUGACAGACUUUGAAAGCGACUAGUUGGGUUAGAGACUACCUAGAGACAUAAAGUCAGUUGGUGAUAGGAUUCUUUAGGGAUAACACAUAUUUAUAGACAGAGACUCGUGGCCUUUUCAGUAUUAAACCUGAAUUGUUUAACGGUUUGGACUUAGCUUUUUCACUUGUUACUUUGUAUGAGUCUAUGUUCUUGUUAAUUAAUCGCAUUGAAUACACCCACACAAGAAACUCAGACAUCUCCAGAGUAAUUUGUCGAAGUCAGACAGGCAUCAAUAACUACAAUACAGAAGGCUCAUCACAGAUAUCAUUAGUUGUACUUAUUUUGAUCAAGGAUUGUCAGAUGCCUGAGAGUACUAUUGAAAAUGUGUUGUUUCUUUACUCAUAAUAUAUAUUUAUUGAUUUGUUGAGUUGUUAACAAAUUACUACAAUAGUAGACCAUAAUGUUUAAUAAGUUUUUUUUAUUGACUAUCAAAAUAUUUUGUACCAAUAUUUGUACAGUGUACAAGAAAUGGAAUGCUGCACUCACUUAAAUUGCACAAUUAAGUUUACUUGUAGUAAAUAGUUAGUUUUACUCAAGUCUCAUUGAUAUUGAUAAACUACAGUUGAUUGUACAACAUAAACAACACAGAUUGCUUUGUUUAAUAAAAGAAUAUGUAGGAAGAUUUGUGGUAUACCAAAAAGUAUUACUCUUUUUAUAGCAUCAUCUGUAUAGAAGUUAAUAAUUGGUAGCUAUUUACAAUAGAAUAUUUUCUGGAAAUUUUAAUAUGCCUUAACUGUAAUGUAAUGAUUAUUUUUAAAAUGUACUCUGUAUGGGUUUGUAUUUGAUGUUUUAUUUUCAAUUGAUUCAUCUUAUUUUAGUACAAUAAACAGAAUAUUUUGCAAAUUAUAUUUUCAGAUAUAAAAAAAUUAUAUGUAUUACAAACAAAAGUUUGAUUCUGACCUAUGCUCUUUUUUUGCAUAUUUUUACGACCUGCACAUGUUACAAAUGACUUGUGACUAAUUUGUGUGUGUGUCAUUGUCAGUAGUUAGGCUAUUUAGAAUUGGUAGCAAUUCAGUGGGUACAUAACUUGCAACACCAUUGCAGACUCCUUGGCCUAUGAGCAUCCUGUGAGUUCCCAGCAACAAGGCAAACGAUAGCAUUAGAAAUAUGAUUUGAGUGCUGGGACAAGUCCCAAAAAAGCCAGUAGAGUCUGUAAACACAUGACGCUACUUGACCUGGUCUCUCCUGGUGGGGGCUACCCAGGCCUAAUCAAGCUGUGCGGGACGGGUCACUUUCCAGUUGAUUCAUACUUUGGUCCAGGUCCAAUUUCGACUUCGCUUGGGGGAGGGGGAGGAAACCUUGUCCCCCAUACUUGACAGAUCUGGGAAGCCACCAGUUUUUGACUGUAUAGGGACAUUCAGGUCACUUAGGCCUACAUGCAUUACAACAGCAGGAUUUCCUUCCAGGUUUUUUUUUUUUCUAGCGAGAAUUUGAGUCUCACUCACAUGGAGUUGGAUGAUGAUCUGCUGUUAAGAUAUUGAACCAUAUUAUAAAUGCCACGAAUAAUUGAAUUUUUGCCAACAAAUUUAAAAUUAUCUCUACAUUAAAAGUAUGUUGUAAAAAAAAAAAUCCAGUAGUAUAUUAUAUCGAAUCAUCA